UGCAUCAGGUGGCCAAAGUAUUGGAGUUUUGGCAAAAUCCUGUAUGUUAUUGUCAUAGUAGCUUUAUUUGUAAUGGUAAGAAACUGGAAAGGGCCAGAAUUCUUUGCAGUAGGUGCAUGGUUAAGACAGCUGUGCAGCAUCCACAGGGGAGCAGCGCUAGCAGUCCACAGGAGGUGGCUGUGGUCCGUUGGCGGGGGCAGACCAAGAACCCUAAGCUCAGGAUCCCCAGAGAAUACGCACUCUGCCGCAGCAGAAUGGGAAGUGGAGGGCUGUGGGCCGGCUCCAGAGAAGGUGGGACACUGAGAGCCAUUUUACAGUGAGGACCUACAGAUACUGUUGGUUGUUGAAGAAGGAAGAAAUAAAAGUACAUGCUUAAAAUUACUUGCAUUCACAAUGGUAUGCUGGGAGAAGGAGGGGCCAGUGAGAGCAGAAAAUGAGGAAGUGAUAUCCAAAACAUAAAUCUGCAGUUGAAGAAGGAGUGUGUCCUGUGUAAAUACACUGCUUAGAGUCAUAUUAACUAAGUGAUGUGAUUGUAUUGUGAGGAGUUGUUGAUGGUAACAGGAAAUGAAUAAUGUCCAAAAUGGGGAAAGGAAAAUGUGUUAUGUGGAUAUUGGGAUGCCAUGCAGGAUUUUGUGCGCUGUAUGAUGGUGGCCCUCACCCUAGGUGAGCCCCACGAACGUGGCCGGUUCCCAGUGAGUGGUGGUGUGAGUAAGAAGGAAACUGGAGCUUACAAACGCUGACAGACCUCAUUUGGAUUUUUUACUUGACUCAGAUGAGAGUAUUUUAAACUUGGGUUAAAUAAAGCAUUAAAAUUUUAUUUGUCCUUAUCUUUUAAAUGUGCUUGCUAGAAUAUCUACAGUUGCUUUUGGGGCUUGCAUUGAAUUUCUCUAGGAGGGCAUAGCUCUGGAAUCUGUAGCUGGAAAAUGCAGUUAGAAUUGGUUCCCCAGGGGAGUCGGGGUGUCUGCAGAGAGUGGGAUAAGGGAGAGUUCUCUAUUUUAAACCCUUCUCUGCUGUUGAUUUUUUAAAAGGGUGUUAAUGAAAUUUGAUUAAAAAAUUACCUCUUUAACAAAGGCUGUGGUCUCUACCUUAAAAUAUGUGACUGUAUCAUAUUCUAAUUUACAUAGUAAAUGUUAACGUAAUAAGGAAAUUUGCAUUGAGCAGUUUCAUUCCUAUCCCCUGUUUUUCCUUCAUUUCAGUUUGUCAUAUCAGAAAUACAGUACUAGUUUUUCCUGCUCCUGUUUAGCUUCUUGCAGGAGUGACCAGGACCUCAUCUUCCAGAAGUAAUGCCCACAGAAAGCGGGAGUUGUUCAACUGCUCGCCAAGCAAAACAGAAGCGCAAAUCUCACAGCCUUUCCAUACGGAGAACUAACAGCUCAGAGCAGGAGAGGACGGGCCUGCCCAGAGACAUGUUAGAGGGACAGGAUUCUAAGCUGCCUUCCUCGGUUCGCAGUACUCUUCUGGAAUUGUUUGGUCAAAUAGAAAGAGAAUUUGAAAACCUUUAUAUUGAAAACUUAGAAUUGCGUAGAGAAAUCGAGACUCUUAAUGAGCGCUUAGCAGCUGAAGGACAAGCGAUCGAUGGAGCAGAACUGAGUAAGGGCCAACUCAAGACUAAAGCUAGUCACAGCACCAGCCAGCUUUCUCAGAAACUGAAGACCACCUACAAGGCCUCCACCAGCAAGAUCGUCUCCAGCUUUAAGACCACCACAUCCCGGGCAGUGUGCCAGCUUGUGAAGGAGUACAUCGGCCACCGGGAUGGCAUCUGGGACGUCAGUGUGGCAAGGACGCAGCCCGUGGUGCUGGGGACGGCGUCUGCUGAUCACACGGCUCUGCUGUGGAGUAUCGAGACGGGGCGGAGCCUCGCCAAGUACACGGGCCAUGUGGGGUCAGUGAAUUCCAUAAAAUUUCAUCCAUCAGAACAGUUGGCGCUCACUGCCUCUGGAGAUCAGACUGCCCACGUGUGGAGGUAUGCAGUCCAGCUGCCUGCUCCUCAGCCUGCGGCCGACUCUAGUCUCUGUGGUGAGGACGAAGUGGAGUGCUCCGACAAGGACGAGCCUGAUGCAGAUGCCGACCCCUCCAGCGAAUGUCCCACCAUCCGGGCACCACUGACAUCUCUGAAGAGCCACCAGGGCGUGGUCAUAGCUGCUGACUGGCUGGUUGGUGGGAAGCAGGCAGUGACAGCCUCCUGGGACAGAACGGCCAACCUGUACGAUGUGGAGACGUCAGAGCUCGUCCACUCCCUGACAGGACAUGACCAGGAGCUGACACACUGCUGCACGCACCCGACCCAGCGGCUGGUGGUGACCUCCUCCCGUGACACGACAUUCCGUCUGUGGGACUUCCGCGACCCUUCCAUCCACUCUGUGAACGUGUUCCAGGGCCACACGGACACUGUGACCUCUGCUGUGUUCACCGUGGGAGAUAACGUGGUCUCUGGCAGUGAUGACCGCACCGUGAAGGUCUGGGACCUAAAGAACAUGCGGUCCCCCAUUGCCACCAUCCGCACAGACUCUGCCAUCAACAGGAUCAAUGUGUGUGUUGGCCAAAAAAUCAUCGCCCUCCCCCACGACAACCGCCAGGUGAGGCUGUUCGAUAUGUCGGGUGUGCGGCUGGCUAGGCUCCCGCGCAGCAGUCGGCAGGGCCAUCGGCGGAUGGUGUGUGGCUCAGCCUGGAGCGAGGACCACCCUGUGUGCAACCUGUUCACCUGCGGUUUUGACCGGCAGGCCAUCGGCUGGAACAUCAACAUCCCGGCGCUGCUACAGGAGAAGUGAGGGUGCCGUUCCGAGGCUCCCGCCGGCUGGGACCGUGCCUGCCGGCUCGCUGGGCGCUGGGACGCCGCGGCUGUGGGCGGUGGACCUGAGCAGGGCGCUCUCUCCUCACUGUACCCAGGUUGCAUGAAGUGUCCAAAGGUGUGCCCUGUUGUUUCUUUCUGUUUUGUGUGUGUGGGCAUUGCGGCCGUGAGGUGGAGCCCUUUCCAUGGCCGCUGGUGUAGUGAGUCCCUGGUGUGUCGGCUGACAGGAGGGCGGGGCAUCUGGAGCGAUGGUGCAUGUGUGCCUGUCCAGUGGGAGUGGGCAAAGACCUCACGUCUGUGUGGGGUUCUAGCGUGUGCUGACUCAGCUUCACCUUUGUGUUCUGUUACAGUUGUGAAAUCUGCUUGGAUUUUAGAAGUUAAAAAAAGCAUAGAAUGUUGAAUUUGCAACAUUUGGACAGUUUCUUUUGAAAAGAAAAAAUUUCUGCUCUUUAUGGAAAACCAUUUCAAUCUCCUGAGGUAUCUCAUGCUGGCAAAUUCUGAAAUAGAAUGGUUCUAAUCACUGAUUCCGGAUAUUAAGUAAAAUUUAAAGCACUUUAGUUUAUAGCUGUGGUUAUAAACAGUUUUUAGAAGUUUCAGAUGACUUAUCCAUUGAAUGUGACUUGACCUUUCUAGAAGGCCCUGCUACCUGAAGACAAACCUUAUUUAUUUUCUACACCUUGGGUUUGCAUGUUUCCAAGUGGGUUCACUUCUUGGUGGCAUCUGAGAGCCAGCAAUGCAAAUAAAUGAGUUCUACCUCAGAUAUGAAGUAUUUGGGAAACUUGGAGUGUCUCUGUUACUGGCUCGGGCACUUGUGAUUUAGAGCUGAAAUGAGCUCAUCCAGAAGGCAGGAGAGGUGGGCGCAGCAAUGGCCCUGCCCAGGAAGGUUUGCCAGGAGCCCCUCCUGCCUGGAGCCUGUCGCUCCUGCCUUCUCAGGACUUUCUGUCCAGUGUUCACGAGUCGUGUUUCUUGUUGAGUUAUAGUUUGAUAGCGAGACCCCAGUGCCCCCUAGCCUCCCCCUGCCCUGUUUGUAACCCUUGGAGGCUGUCCUGGGGCAGGCACCGAGAGGGACACUGGAGACCAUUGUGUCGGCCUCGUCCUGUAACUGCUUCCAUUCUGUGGUGUCAGGUGGGGUGGCCUGAGUGCUGGUCCUUUGCCCGUGGGUCCUUCGGUCAGGCACCACGGUAGCCGACCUCAGGCCUCUCGGCCCUGGAUGGUCAGGACUGGGUCUGGGGGACCCCUGGCCGGGUGGGAGGGAGAUCUGAGGAGCGAGGGUGAGACGGCAGGAGUUUCAGGGCAGCUUUACAGCAGCGGCGGCUCAGGAGCUGAUGUUGGAGUCCGACAUUCCCUGACUGCGGUGUGAGGAUGGCUCCCGCCCCGGGUCUCACGUGGAGCUGCCCCCUGCCUCUGCACACACUGGCCUCUCCUGCUUUAGUCUCACAGCUGAAUGUCUUACUAGAGUCACUGCUAGGAACAUUGGAAAAUGUCUGCAAGUUAUCGCGCCAGACCUACCCAGAUCUCUGCCCAUUGGAACAGUGGGAAACAAGUGAACUCAGUGUGUGUGCCAGCCGUGUGGAUGAAGCUCCACAUGCAGCCCCAUCUCCUCCCCGGGCCUUGGCCCUUCUCAGGAGCGGGAUCCGCCACCGUGGUCAUGGGGUGUCUUCGGGUGUCAAUGAAGGAGCUGGGGGUGCUGUGUGUGCACACCCCUUUGUGCACGUGAGUGUGCGUGGGGAUGUGUGUGCAUGCGGCUGCAGUGAAAUCAUGUGACCCACUGCCUUGAUUUCAUCUGAAGUAGUGUUUGGAAGUGGGAGUGGUUUUGUCCAUGUGCCGAUGAGUCCAUAAUUUCCUGUCAUAGCAGGAGGAAAUGUGUGUUUACUGGAAAUCAUGUGUCAAGAGAAUUUCUUGAGAGGUGUGUUGUUGGACAAAUGACACCCUUUUUCUCAACCACUGCACAUCAGUUUCUGCAGAGUGAAAAUUCUGUACCUAUUCUGGAACUGAAGAAUCCUAUGUAAAUCAUCUGUUGCUUAAAUCUGUGAAAAAUGAGUUUUUUUUGGGGGGAAAGUGUGCAUUUAUAAGUGUCAUGUAGAAGCAGGUGUUUUUACUGUGUUGAUGUAAUUGUUCAUAAGUGUUCAGUGUCUUCAUUGCAGUAUGAGAUUCAUUAAAAACCCACGUUCUGUAA